AUAUACUAUCAAUGGAAAAAAUUAUAAUGAGCACAUGAGCAAUAAUACAAUUAGCCUACUUUUAUUGUGAAGUUCUAGUCUUUUUUCUACACUCAACCUUACUCAACAUUGCCCAUCCCAACCGGUGAGUCGAGUGCGUGUGAGGUCAAUAAAUUCACAGGACUCUCACGCUCUAUGAAUCAGACUGCAAACAGCUGAUGUCGAGCUCGAGAAAUGAAAGUGAAACUCGGUAGUUAGCUUCAUAGAUAUAUCCCCGAAAUCGACCUAACGGGGUGCACUCCAUCUCACCAUUCAAUAAUGUCAAGAAAUAAUUGGGGACCAUGGGGUCAAGCAAUUCGUAUGCAGCAAGACGCUCGACUGAUGCGUGCUGUUCAAGAGAACGUGGAAGACAUAAUAACUCGGUUUCCCACUAGACAGAACAUUCUUGACAUCUUCCCUCAUAGCUUGUUUGGUGGUUUACCCAUUGACUAUAACCACGAUGAAUAUUCGGAUUGCGAUUCUUAUGAUGAUGAUGAUGAUGAUGACGAUGAAGAGGAGUAUUACUAUGAUGUUGACCAAAACACCCACAGUCACAGAGAACAAAUAAACACAUUUUCAGGGCACAGUGCUCAAAGUCCUCUAACCCCCCACCCACGUAUUAAGCAAUUGACCUCUGAGGAAGCUGAGAAACAUGCGAAAGCAUUACUGGAAGAAGAGAACAGACUUAAAGAAAAAGCUGAGAAGAAAAGACUAAAAAAAUUGCGUCAGAGAGAAAGAAAACGGUUAGAAAAGGAGAGUGCUGAUAAAUUACCUAGGGGCUCAGUGGAACAAGGUUUGUCUACAUCCUCACCCAAAAAGAAAGAAAAUAUAAAAAAUCACGUUUUAAAUGAAACAAAAGAAUAUUUUGUCGGACCUGGUCCAGACUCACCCAAGACUGAUGUCACUUUACUUGACGAGAGACAUCUUGGUGAAGAUAAUGUUGAGGAUGAGAAGAGAGAGGAAGAAUUAUUGUCCUCAGAACCAGAGGAACUUGAUAUGAAUAGCAGCUUUAUCUCUACUGCUGCUGCUAUUGCUAAGAAGCAGCUUGGUCGAAAAAACAAACUAGAGAGAAAACGGCUAAAGAAUCCGAUUGCUGUUCGUCAGGCGGAGGACAAAUGGCCCAAGAUGAAUAGGCAGCAAGUUGAUAAUGAACAGUGUAAGAGAGACAGAAAACGGUUAGAAAAGGAGAAUACUAAUAAAGAUAAAUUACGUAAAUGCGCAGUGGAACAAGAUCCGUCGACAUCCUCACCUAAAAAGAAAGAAAAUAAAAAAAAUCACGUUUUAAAUGAAACAAAAGAAUAUUUUGUUGGACCUGGUCCGGACUCACCCAAGACAGAUGUCACUGUACGUGAGGAGAGACAUCUUGGUGAAGAUAAUGUUGAGGAUGAGAAGAGAGAGGAAGAAUUCUUGUCCUCAGAACCAGAGGAACUUGAUAUGAAUAGCAGUUUUAUCUCUACUGCUGCUGCUAUUGCUAAGAAGCAGCUUGAUAAAAAAAACAAACUCGAGAGAAAACGGCGAAAUAAUCUGAUUGCUGUUCAUCAGGCAGAGGACAACAAGCCCAAGAUGAAUGGCCAGCAAGUUGAUAUUGAACAGGUGAUCUUGUCAAGAUCGACUAAUAAAAAUGAAAAGGUGAAGGAGGUUGAAGUUGAUGUUGUUCAGAGAAGCAUCGAUCUUGCCAAUACUGGAAAUCAGUUUGCUGCCUGUGGACAACUUGAUGUGGCUGUGAAAUAUUUCACUGGUGCAAUAAAAUAUAACCCUACAGAGUACAAGUUGUUUGGAAACCGGUCGUUUUGUUAUGAGAGGCUACAGCAGUUUGAUCUGGCGCUGAUCGAUGCUGACCUGUCCCUGGGCAUGAACCCUGGCUGGAUUAAAGGCCUGUUCAGGAAGGGGAAGGCCCUGUGCGGGCUGCAGAGGUUUUACGAGGCAGCGUUGACCUAUCAGGAGGUUCUGCAGCAGGACAGCUCUUCUGUCGAUGCCUCCCAGGAGCUGAGGAAAGUCCAUAUCCUGCAACUCAUGGAAAUGGGAUUUACACAUGAGAAAAGUUUAGAAGCGCUGAAGGCCCACAGCAGCUUUGAGGAAGCUGUGGAUGCUCUCUCAGUGAUCGAAGGUAAACCAGACAUUGGAGACCCCCCCGGGCGGACGGCAGACGAGGAGGAGGAGUGGGUGGUCACCCAGCGGGGGGGCCAUGCCAGGAACACGCCCAGAGCCUCGGCCUCAUCCCCGGCAUCAGCCGAGCGGAGACCCACCAAACCAGCCAGCGCUGCAACAUCAGAGCUGUUUCCUGUCUGGGUGGGGUCCGUGGUGUCGACCAUCACUGAACAGAUGUUGCACAGACUGUUCAGCAGGGCUGGUGAAGUGUUUAGCAUCAAGAUGAUGCCACAGGUCCAGUGUGCGUUUGUCCACUACACCAAGAAGCAGGACUGUAAGACAGCUAUUCAGCUGCUGCAUGGUUUCCUAGUAGAGGGAGUGUGUCUGGCUGUGCGUCACCCAAACAAGAUCCACCCAAAUCUGGGUGUGUCCAGAAAUGCGGCCACAGACCCCAAUAUAGUUUGCACCAGGAGGAGCAGUUCCCCCCUCGUCAUCCCCAACAACAGGACCAUCAACAGAGCCAAGUAGAGUGCCAACGACACUAACUACAAACAUUUGCAAAUCUCAGCUUGGGCAAUUUGUUGUUUAUAUUUAAUUGUUUUAAAUGCCUACUGUUUUUAUGUUGGGCUGUGACUGCUGUGUCUUUGCUGUGUCUUUGCUACUCAAUACUUAUGUUGCCAUUUACUGGCUCAGUAGUUUUACAUUGUCUGUUUGUGUUUUUACUAUUGGGUCAGUCUGUUUUGAAAUGUAUAAGUUAAGUUAUUGUUUCAAAUGUGCCAGGGCGCUGUACUAAUAAGUCACCACUAGGUGGCAACAGCUGAGACCCCAACGCUGGGAUGUGUUGACCUGUUGCCUUCCUCUGCUUCCUCGGGUGUGUUUGUGGCCCUCCAAUCUUCAUUUGUGAUUUCCACAAACACUGUUCAAGAUUAUUAAACAGAUUAAGCUGUUAAAAUCGUUGUCUUGUGACGCUCACGGCUACUGUAUAU